GGCCACGAAGAUCGCGUCCAGUGCCUCGCAUACUCCCCAGAUAGCAAGUGGCUGGCGACUGCAUCUUGGGACUGCACCAUCAUUCUUUGGGACUCCGAUGGGCAGCUUGUCCAGGAAUGGAUCGCCCAUUCCGGAUCGGUAAAAUCACUGGCAUUCUCCCCUGACGGCCAACAUCUUGUAUCCGGUGGCGGAGACCGUAGACUCGUAGUCUGGGAUGUCAUGCCGGGGAUAGGUACUCCCAAGGCUAGGAUACUAGAAGAGCACACCGAAGAGCUCGACAGAUGUGCCUGGUCCCCGGACAGAACUGUGAUCGCGUCCAGAUCCAAGGGCGGGAUUGUGAGGCUCUGGGAUGCUCGGACAUUCCAGCUGCUCCGUCUGCUGGAUUCUUCUCUAAAGACGGACCAUCGCCACGAUCUCCUCUUCUCGCCUGAUGGACGCACGCGCCUCGCUACCGGAGCCCAUGGAGGUGUUGUCCGGAUCUGGGAUGUGCAGACGGGAGAGAUGCUUUCAGCCUCGAAGCGGCACAUGCGUGCUGUACUCGAUGUGGCGUUCUCAUCUGAUGGCACACGCAUCCUGUCAGCAUCAGAGGACAAGACAGUGAAAAUCUGCGACGCAUCCAGCGGAGCCAUGGUCUUGUCCCUCGAAGGGCACACCGCCCCCGUCAACAAAGCCUGCUUCUCUCCGUGCGGGGAGUACGUUGCGUCGGUGUCAGCUGACCUAACCGUACGGGUGUGGAGGACGGACGAUGGAUCGUGCAUAAAGGCACUCUUGGAGCACAAGGAUCCGAUCAACGCCAUAGCGUUCUCCCCCGAUGGAAAGACGUUAGCGUCUGGUGCACUGAAUGGGACAGUUGUUAUCAGAUAUAUGCGCGACAUCGUUCCAGUAGAAGGUACGGACAUACCUUGUGGACUUUGA